CGAAUGUUUUGGAUAAACAACAACAACACGAGGUCCGUGAAAAACGUUUGAAACUUUACCGACCAUCUCACCGCAACGAAAUGUCCACUUCAGCAGCAACGGCAGAACCGAGUGCCAAACGUCCGCGGAUGGACGGUCAGAAGCAGCGAAAUAAAGGCGACAAACGCAAUUACUAUGCCAAAUCAGCGGCUCCGGCCGGAGGCGGUGGUCGCCGGAAGGCCUUUCUGGAACCGGGCCAGCGAGGCUUCAUGAUCACCUGCAACAUGCGCGAGCGGGAUUGCAUCCGGGAGAGUUACAUGCUGCUGAACGAGUACGCCGACGAGUUGUACGGAAAGCUUGAGGAAACAAAACCGGUCGAGAACCAAAAGGCUACUGAAGAUAACACAGAAGAAGAUGAUGGGGAGGCGGAGGACAUUUCGGUGCUGGUCCAGAAGCAAGCCGAAUCUGUUCGUCAGGAGAAACGACAGUUCCGAUUCGAGUCGGUUGAAACGGGGGCCAAAAAUUGCUGUUUCAUAUCUACCAUUUUAAAAGAUCCCAAAGAAUUGGGUUUACACAUUUUACGAGCCUUGGCAGAAAAGAAAGAGCUCAAGAGUCGCUUCAUUCUACGAAUGAUGCCGAUCGAAGUUGUUACUCGAGCCAAUAUCAAGGAUAUCCAAAAUGCGGCUGGACCGCUGUUCGAUCGUUAUUUUCUUAAAGAACCUAAAACUUUUUCGAUCGUCUUCAAUCGACGGUUCAACAAUGCAAUCCAGCGGGACGAGGUGAUAGAUGCGCUGGCGAAGCUGGUCAGCUCCAAAAAUAUGGGCAACAAGGCUAACUUGAAGAGUCCAGAUUUGGCCGUGAUAGUGGAGAUUGUCAAAGGUCUCUGUCUGAUAAGCGUAGUGCCCGACUAUUUCGUUUUGCGAAAGUUCAACGUCGUUGAGCUGUGCGCCAAAAAAGAACAAACCGAAGAAACGGCUUAAUUUUUAUAUUCAAGAGGAGUUCUCGGGUAAUAUUGGCAAAUGGAUAAUUUCAAUAAGUUUGCUUGAAAAUGUAGAAUUAAAAAAUAGAGAUAUACGUCAUCGAUCGUUAGUGGAAGCUUAGUAGAGACUUGUAAAAGAGUUUCUAUAAUCUCAAAGACGAUUCAAAUUGAAUGAUUUCAAGAAUUUUGAAAGUUUCUCAUAAUCAAGAGAAAUGACAAUGUCGCUAGCAGAAUUAGUUUUGUCAUGUAUAUUUAAGAUUCGUUAUACAAAGAAGAUUCAAAUAAACCAGUAACAAGUAAUUAAAUGUUCUUACGCUUCAUCCAUCGAUCCAUUGCCCUUAUAGUUUCUGCUUAACUAGAAGAAAAAGUCAUCGAGAUUGUUUUAGGCCAAAGGCAUUAAAAACAUUUUUUUUCCGGGAUUUUCAUCCCUUAAGGCAUUAAAAAAUUCUGUUGUCCACUAUUUGGUGAUCUUGAAGCGCGACUCUCAAGAUUGCGCAAACCGGAAUUGUCAGGUUGUUUUUCUCUUCGACAAAGCAAUUCUUCAACUUCUUCAAUUUUGACUUUCCUGAGGAUUCUGACAAUCAAUUUUAAGUAUUUAGCAGAUGACCAAACUUAAUUCUAUUCAAUCAAGUGAGAAAAGUGUUUUUUUAUAACCGUUGAGACUUUAUUUUCUCAAAAAAAAACAAAAAACAAUUCAAAUUCCUCAGGUUUGUUUGUAUUAACAUUUAAAUUCGUGGUCCAAAUAGGGUCUCACUUAUGAUUCCACAACAAAGUUUUUAUCGUUUUAAUAUUUGUAAAGAAUGUAAAAAAAAAUAUCAGUAAAUAAUAUUUACAAAAAGAAAAAGAGUCUCACUGAAAUAAAAAGAAAUGCUUAAUGUUUGGAUCGCUUUCCACCACUUCCCCCGUGGCCUUCGAUUGCCGUACUGCACUUGGAACUGGUGGUUGGUAUUUCCGCCAGAGGAGGCGCACUGGGUGCAUUGUAAUCGCUGCACCGCU